GUCAGUAUUCAUUAAGCAACAAGUGAGCGAGCUACAAACAGCCAACAGCUGAGCAACUAACCAGUUUUAUUAAAGUGUUAAACUAACUAUAUACAACUAUUAAACUAACUAUUAAACUAACUAUAUAUCAAGAUGCGUUUGGGACAGACCAUACCUAACUUCAAGGCCGACACCACAAAGGGACCCAUCAGCUUCCACGAAUGGCAGGGCAAUUCGUGGGUGGUGCUCUUCUCUCACCCCGCCGACUUUACUCCCGUUUGCACAACCGAACUGGGCAGGAUUGCGGUGCACCAGCCGGAAUUCGCCAAGAGGAACACCAAGUGCCUGGCACACUCCGUGGACGCACUCAACUCUCACGUUGACUGGGUAAACGACAUCAAGAGCUACUGCCUGGACAUUCCCGGGGACUUCCCCUACCCAAUCAUCGCCGAUCCCACUCGGGACCUGGCCGUCAGUCUGGGCAUGCUCGACGAGGAGCAGAAAAAGGACCCUGAGGUGGGCAAGACCAUCCGAGCUUUGUUCAUCAUCAGCCCGGAUCACAAGGUCCGUCUCUCCAUGUUCUACCCCAUGUCCACUGGUCGCAAUGUUGAUGAGAUCUUGAGGACCAUCGACUCUCUGCAGCUGACUGAUCGUUUGAAGGUGGUGGCCACUCCUGCUAACUGGACUCCUGGCACCAAGGUUAUGAUCCUACCCACUGUCACCGAUGAGGAGGCCCACAAACUGUUCCCCAAGGGAUUCGACAAGGUCUCCAUGCCAUCUGGAGUGAACUACGUGCGCACCACUGAGAACUACUAGACACUUAAAACUAUUUCUAUUUUGAACUUUAAUUCCCCAUUUAUGUUUGUGCCAUAAAUUAGUAUAUAACAUUAUAUAAUAAAUAUUAUUUCCCCAAAAACAA